AUGGGUCUUGGUGGUAGUAGUUUAAGUAUUCCAGGUGGUGGUACUGAAGGUUUUCAUGUUCUACGUGUUCAACAUGGAUCACCAGGACAUAAAGCUGGUUUGGAACCUUAUUUUGAUUUUAUUGUUAGUAUCAAUGGUGUUCGACUUGAUACCGAUAAUGAAAAAUUCAAAGAAAUUUUAAAAGAAAAUAUUAAUAAACCAGUUGAAUUACUUGUUUAUAACAGUAAAACACAAACAGUUAGACAAUUACAAUUAACUCCACAUGAAAAUUGGGGUGGUCAAGGUUUACUUGGUUUAAGUAUUCGUUUUUCAUCAUUUGAUAAAGCAAAUGAAAAUGUUUGGCAUAUACUUGAUGUUCAACCACAUUCACCAGCUCAAUUAGCUGGUUUACGUUCUAAUACAGAUUAUAUUAUUGGAGCUGAUACUUUAUUAAAUGAUUCGGAAGAUUUUUAUGCAUUAAUUGAAAGUAAUCAAGGUAAAUCAAUUAAACUUUAUGUUUAUAAUUGUGAAAAUGAUUCAACACGUGAAAUAAAUCUUACACCAAAUAUUGGAUGGGGUGGUGAAGGUAGUUUAGGUUGUGGUAUUGGUUAUGGUUAUUUACAUCGUAUACCAUUACGACCAAUUAAUUCACCUCCAGUAACAAAACCAAAUCCAUUAAUUGUUAACGGUGAUAAAGCACCAUUACUUUCUGCAAUACCUCCACCAAAUAUAGCCACUGGAACAAAUUUGAGUUUUACACUUCAACCUGUUAAUAUGCCACCAAUAACAGUUACUAUGCCAAGUUUACUUAUCCCAUCACAAAUUAAUAAUACAAAUACAACAACAGCCACAACAAAUGAGACAACAACAACAACAACAAAUAUAUCUACUGAUCCUAGUCAAUUUUCUAAGCAAUUUGGUGAUAUGACACUAAAUCCGUCAUCAUCAUCAUUAUCAAAUACUGUACCAACUGCUGUUCCUUCAAGUUCUUCAAAUUUAAUACCAGCUUUAAAUAAUAUUCAACCUCCACUUCCUACUCAACGAUCAACAAAUUCAACUCCUACUUAUCAAUUACCACCUAUCGUUCCACCUCCAAUUAUGCCUUCAUUUAAUCCUCAACAACAAUAUUUUCAACCUGUACCUCCUUCUCUAUUCGUUAACUCUCAACAACAACAGCAACAACAACAAAUGCCUUUUCAAUUUAAUCCUACUACAGUCAAUGCUUUUCCACCAUCUGUACAACAAACAUCUCGUGCAUCACCAUAUGCACAUGAUACUCGCAAUCAUCUACAUGAUUGUGAUAGUACUGCUCAUGGUCACAGUCAUAAUCAUUAG